AUGUCUUCCGCGUCGGUCCCGACCCAGAGCGGCGACGAUGUCAAGGCUCCAGAGACUGACAAACUCGGAGAUCUGGAUGUCUUGCCUAUCGAGGUCCGCGAGCACAUCUACGCCCUCGCGCUCGACAUCGGCCGCCCAGUCACCAUCAAGAACUGUUGCACGCCGGGCAAGACACCUCGUGAAGUGAGCAGGUGCAGCAAGCACGGCUCUCGUGUCAAGGCCAACACGGGUAGAUUCAACAUGCUGUACGUAUGCAAGGGCAUGCGUCAAGAGGCCAUGCAAGUCCUGUUCACCAAGGGCUCCAUGCUGCUGCACCCCGAUCCCUUCAUGGAGGGGUACCUCAAAGACUGCCCUCGAUCCAACUCGCCUCGCCGCAUCGACAACUUCAUGCAGCGCGAUGUCCAGGUUGCCGCCAUGUGGAACACCAUCUCGCAGUUCCGCUCCAUCAAGAUCGAGGUCUCCACGAUGCGAGUCAACAUUGGCCACCCGACGCAGUUCGCCGAGCGCAUCCUCGCCAUCACGUCCCUGCUGUGCAAUGAGGAGACAGAUCCCGUCGAGAUGGCCAAGCAGUCGCGCACCCUCAACAUUGGCGGAAUCUUCGUCCACAAGAUGCCCUUCAACAUGCGCGAGGCGGAAUUCACUAGCUAUGACCUCGUCUUUGACUGGCUCUUCACCGACUACCCUGAAGGCAGCCCUGACAUCAACAGCCUCGCCGCUGAGGUCAUGCACAGGCUGCACCGCAUGGUCGCUGGCAUCGGCAAGCACUCGCAUCACGCGUCUUGGACCAUCCUCGUCAACAAGAAGCUCAGGGACAACGAGGAGGGUGGCCAGCAGGCGCUGGAACAGUUCGAGCAUGCUUGUGACUACCAUGGCGUGGCGCUCGUUCAUGCCGAGUAG